GGGGGAUUUCCAGCCUCAGCUCUUCGCAGUUUCCUCUCCUUGUUUUGCUUUCGAUCUGGACUGUUCUCAGGCAAGCCGGGGAGUAACUUUUAGUUUUGCUCCUGCGAUUAUUCAACUGACGGGCUUUCAUUUCCAUUUCACACACCCUAGCAACACUUAAACCUUGCGGAAUUGUAUUGGUAGUGUGAAAAAGCACACCGAGAGGGUACCAUGCCAGUGGAAAGGAUGCGAAUGCGCCCGUGGCUGGAGGAACAGAUCAAUUCGAAUACGAUACCUGGGCUGAAGUGGCUUAACAAGGAAAAGAAGAUUUUCCAGAUCCCUUGGAUGCACGCGGCUAGACAUGGGUGGGAUGUUGAAAAAGAUGCGCCCCUCUUUCGAAACUGGGCAAUCCACACAGGAAAGCAUCAGCCUGGAGUAGAUAAACCUGAUCCCAAAACAUGGAAGGCGAAUUUUCGAUGUGCCAUGAACUCCUUGCCUGACAUUGAAGAAGUCAAGGAUAAAAGUAUAAAGAAGGGAAACAAUGCAUUCAGAGUAUACCGGAUGUUGCCCUUAUCUGAGCGACCUUCGAAGAAAGGAAAGAAACCAAAGACAGAAAAAGAAGACAGAGUUAAGCACAUCAAGCAAGAACCAGUUGAGUCAUCUUUGGGGCUUAGUAAUGGAGUAAGUGAUCUUUCUCCUGAGUAUGCCGUCCUGACUUCAGCUAUAAAAAAUGAAGUGGAUAGUACGGUGAACAUCAUAGUUGUAGGACAGUCACACCUGGAUAGCAACAUCGAGGAUCAAGAGAUUGUCGCUAAUCCUCCGGACAUCUGCCAGGUUGUAGAGGUGACCACCGAGAGUGACGAACAGCCGGUCAGCAUGAGUGAGCUCUACCCUCUGCAGAUUUCCCCUGUGUCUUCCUAUGCAGAAAGCGAAACUACCGAUAGUGUGCCCAGUGAUGAAGAGAGCGUCGAGGGACGACCACACUGGCGGAAGAGGAACAUUGAAGGCAAACAGUACCUCAGCAACAUGGGGACACGAAGCACCUACCUGCUGCCCAGCAUGGCGACCUUCGUGACUUCCAACAAACCUGACCUCCAGGUCACCAUCAAAGAGGAGAGCUGUCCGGUGCCUUACAACAGCUCGUGGCCCACUCUACCAGACCUCCCCCUCCCUCCCUCUGUGACCCCAGCGCCCAGCAGCAGUCGGCCGGACCGGGAGACUCGGGCCAGCGUCAUCAAGAAGACAUCGGAUAUCACCCAGGCCCGCGUCAAGAGCUGUUAGGCCUUCGACUUCCCCCAGUGGUUGUUGGGAUUUCUUGGCUUUGUUUUGUUGUUUGUUUGUAUUUUAUUUUUUUCCUCUCUGACGCCUAUUUUAGACAAAUCCUUAAGGGAAAAAGCCUUGACAAUAGAACAUUGAUUGCUGUGUCCAACUCCAGUACUGGGGCUUCUCUUAACUCAGGACUCCAGCCCAUUGGUAGACACAUAUCUCUAGAGCCUGCUGGAUCUCCCAGGGCUGCUCCCUCAAGUUCAAGGACGUCAUAGGACCAACACUCACACGGGCGGCGAGGUGCUGCAUUGCCUGCGGUCAAGGCCGGCAUGGUGGAGUGGAUGCCUCAGAACGGAUGAGAAAAUGUGAACUAGCUGG